AUGUCUAUACAAACACAAGGUUUAAAAGAUGAAUAUAUACCAUUAAAUCAAAUCAGAAGACCAAUCCCACCAGUACUAGAUCAUCAAAAAAUAGAUUCAAUGGUAUCAACAUUAAAAGGUACUCCAAUGGCAAGCAAAACUGCAACUUUAGAAGAAAUAACAGCAGGUGAAUUACCACCAGUUGAUGUUUUUAAAGUUCGUGAACAAGGUCAUAAUUACUAUUUUAUAAUGAAUUCAUGUCAUAGAUUGCAAGCUUAUGAUAGAAUUGCUAAAGAAGAAAAUAAACCUGAUUUGUUGAUUAAAUGUAAGGUGUUACCAUCUACUAGAAAGACUCUAAAAUUAUAUUUGGGUGGAUCUGUUGAUGAGAUGUUCAAAGACUUUGAUAAGGAAAAGGAAGAAAAACAGGAGGAAGAUAAAAAGCGAGAUGUAUCUACCGAAGAGAAGAAAUAA